AUGGAGGCGGGACUCAGGUUCCGCACUCCAGCUGCUGGCGUCCCCCUGGUGUCGCGGUCCCCGUCGCCGAACCCCGAAACGGAGGACGAAGGUCGGAUCACCGACGUGGAGCUGGAGGAGGAGGAGGAGGCCGGCGUCCGGUCCGGCAGGGCAGGAGGCCGAGGUGCCGACCAUCGACCUGUCCUCGUCCGAGGAGGAGGAGGAGGAAGCCCAGGAGGACACCGGGACGGAGACGGUGAGUCCGGAGGUCUCCUCGGACGAGGAGGACGAGCCCCGUCGGGCGGCAAAGGCCCGGAUGGCAUUCCGCCGUAUAAGGAGGGGCCGCAGCCGGAUUCGGGCGGAUCCGAGGUGGUGCGGCGAGUGUUCGCGCAGCGGGCGGUGGCACGGGCAGCCGCAGCAGCCAGGGAGUGGCAGAAGCGGCUGGAUGAGGCUGAGGCCGAAGAGGCAGCAAUCUGGGCACGGCCAGGCCCUCCGGAGCAGCCGCCGCUGCAAGCACCUCCACCGCCGUCGCCACCGCUGUCGCAACCGCCACCACCACCGUCGCCGCCCGGGCGCAGCACCCCACCGCCACCACCCAACACCGCCACCGCCACCACCGUCGCCGCCCCGGGCAGCAACACCGCCACCGCCACCACCGUCACCGCCGCAGGCACCACGGCCAUCCCAGGCACCACGGCACGGAGCGGAGACACCCCCGCCUCCACCGCCGCCGUGGGUGCCAACGCCAUCGCCGUUGCCAGCAAAACGGCUCGGUGGGGAGCCGGAGUUCUGGGAGAAGGGGCCCUGGGUGUGGCCGCCCAAGGAGGGCCAGCCGCACGGCCGCCCAAAGUCGCCAGGCUGACGUCGUGCCCGGAGCCGCGGUCGCCACCAGCAGGCCGUCAGUGA